AUGAGAGGUAGGGCUCUGAAACCCCAUCAGAUAGUAAACAUUCUUGAAGCAAAUCAUUCAUCAGCUCUUUCAAUGGCUUCUUCUUCGAAUCCGAAAAAAUAUUAACAUGUCUUCUUGAGUUUCAGAGGUCCGGAUGUUCGCAAGAACUUCCUCAGUCAUCUCUACACAGCUUUGGACCAGAAUGGAUUAAACAUUUUUGUGGAUGAUGAGGAGCUUAGGAAAGGAGAGGAAAUAUGGCCGGGGCUUAUGAGGGCGAUUGAGGAAUCGCGCGUCGCGAUCAUCAUUUUCUCCGAAAACUAUGCAUCCUCAUGGUGGUGUUUGGAAGAGGUCGCGAAAAUCAUGGAGUGCAAGGAGCGAAAUGACCUGAUCGUGUUCCCGGUGUUUUACAAAGUAGAACCAAGAGAAGUGAAGAACGGAAAAAAGAGUUAUGAGGAAGCUAUGGCUAAGCAUGAGUCCAAGUUCGGGAAGGAUUCGGAAGAAGUGAAGAGAUGGAAGAAGGCUCUCCUUGAUGCUGGUAGCUUGUCUGGGUGGCCCUUGAAUGACGGACGUUGGCGCAGAGAUGAAGCGGAGCUCAUACAAUUCAUCGUCAAGGAGUUAUCAAUUCGUCUCCGGCCAAAACUCUUACAUGUCACUGAGUAUCCAGUCGAUAUAGAAUCCCGAGUUCAAGAACUGAUAAGUUUGUCAGAGUCAGCUGGUAGUGAUGUUUUGAUGAUUGGUCUAUGGGGACCUGGCGGCAUAGGGAAGACCACGAUUGCUAAGGCCCUAUAUAAUGCUAUUCAGACGCAAUUUCCAUGUCAUAGUUUUUUGGCGCAAGUUAGAGAAAAAUCGAACCAAAGCAGUGGUCUUGUUUCUUUGCAAAAACAACUUCUAUUUGAGAUCUUAUGUCAUAAAUUAACGGUCUACAAUGUCGACAGAGGAAUUAAAUUGAUACAGGACAGACUAUGUUGCAAGAAGGUUCUCCUGGUUGUUGAUGAUGUUGAUAAGAUAGAUCAACUAUAUGCCUUAGCUGGAAAAGGCGAUUGGUUUGGCAAAGGAAGUAGAAUCAUUAUUACAUCAAGAGAUAAACAUUUAUUAACUUCUCAUGGCAUAAAUUGUGUAUAUGAAGUUAAAACUUUAGACCCCGAUGACGCACUAGACCUUUUCAGUCAGCUUGCCUUUUCAAAUAGCAAUUUUGAAAUAAGAAAGGAUCUCAUAGAUAAAGCACUGCUUUAUGCUAACGGCCUUCCGUUAGCCCUUGAAGUGUUGGGCUCAUUCUUUUGUGGAAGAGAUGAAGCUGCAUGGGAAAGUGCAUUGCAUAAACUCUCUGAAAGUCCUGACCAAACUAUUAAUUCAGUUCUCAAGACAAGCUUUGAUGGAUUGGACAACAAUGAGAGGGAGAUCUUCCUUGAUAUUGCUUGUUUCUUUAAGGGAAAGAGAAUAGAAUACAUCCAGAAAGUUCUUGACAGCUGUGAUUUCAAGACAACCAUAGGAAUAGAAAUUCUCAUCGAGAAGUCCUUGAUAAAAAAUGAGAAUGGUUCUCUGCAAAUGCAUGAUUUGGUUCAAUUGAUGGGUACGAAUAUUGUUAAACAAGAAUGUUGUGAUGAUCCUGGGAAACGCAGCAGAUUAUGGCUUUUGGAAGAUGUUGAAGACAUUUUUUGUUAUAAUACGGGGACGAAUGCAAUAAAGGCCAUAGUAUUGGACUUGCCCCCACCACCAGAAGUAAUAAUCAUCAGUCCUGAUGCUUUCACAAAUAUGAAAAAGUUGAGAAUGCUCAUUUUGCUUGGAGUGCAUAUCUCUUCACAAGCUCAAAAAAUAUUUGCAGAGCUUAAUGACUGCACUAGUAUGUUUUUGCAGAAGUUUAGAAAGCUGAAGUCCAUCAAUUUCAGUGAAUGCGAGUCCUUGGUUAGUAUUUGCGACCUGUCAUCGGCUCCAAAUAUGGAGAAAUUGAUUCUUGAUGGGUGUGAGAGCUUGGUGGAGGUUCACCCAUCCGUUGGAAAUCUUGUCAAGCUAGAAGUUUUGUCGCUAGGAUUGUGCUCUAAUCUUAGUAGUUUUCCCAACACGUUGAUGACUAAGUCUCUUCAAAUCCUUUGUCUCUCUGGUUGCUCUAAAUUUGAGAAGUUCCCAGAUAUUGACGGAAAGAUGGAACAUUUGGAAAUUCUUUCUCUAGAUAGGACGGCUAUUAAGGAACUCCCUGCAUCAAUUCAAAAUCUUGUCUCUGUGGAGUUGAUUGAUUUAGCAUUUUGCAAAAACCUCGUAAGGCUUCCAUCGUGCAUUUAUAAGUUGAAAAAUCUCAUGCAUUUGGAACUUGCUGGCUGCUCGAAUUUAAUCACAUUUCCAAAAAUCAUGGAGGAUUCAACUGAUCCUGAUGGCGUCUAG